AUGGCAAGCCCCUCGGACACUAACUCCACCUCCGUAUCGGCGUUUUUGACGACCUUCAUCGUAAACUUUGUUGUCUUUGUCGUUUUCAUUGGCCUUUUCAUCCUUUUGCGUAACAGACAAAAGCGAGUCUAUACCCCUAGAACAAUUGUCAAGUACAACAACCCAGAGUCUUUACACCCGGACGAGGCGCCUACCGGCGCUUUUGCCUGGGCCACCCACUUGAUCCACAAGCCUAGAUCUUUCUUGAUCCAACAAUGUGGCCUCGAUGGUUACUUCUUCCUUCGCUACAUUGCACUCUUUUCCCUCUUCUGUUUCCUUACCUCCUGUCUUGUCUGGCCGUUGCUUUUCCCACUUAACGCUACCGGCGGCGAUACGGGGACGGGAUUUGACAUCUUGACCAUGGCGAAUGUGUCCAAGCCUAACAAGUACCGCUUGAUUGCCCACGCCUUGUGCAGCUGGAUUGUUUUCGGUGGGAUUAUCUACACCAUCUACCGUGAGAUGAUCUAUUACAUUUCCGUCAGACAUGCCGCGCAGGCCUCUCCGCUUUUGUCCACCGCCUUGUCUUCCAGAACCAUCUUGUUAACCGAGUUACCAGACGAUUUGAUGGACGAAACGAACUUGAGAGAAUUGUUCCCGGCGGCCUCCAACAUUUGGUACGCUAGAAGCCAGAAGGAGUUGGCGGAGAAAGUCAAGGAAAGAACCAAGUUGGCCAAGACUUACGAAGGCACACUCAACAAAUCUAUCGCCAAGGCUGUCAAGAUCAAGGCCAAGGCCGAUAAAAAGGCUGAAAAGGGCCAGAAGUUUGAGGGUGAGCCCAAUCAGGUGCUCACCUACUUAAAGAAGCCACCAACCCACCGUUUGAAGAUGCUCAUUGGGAAGAAGGUGGAAACCCUCGAAUAUGCCCCUGAACACUUACAAAAGUUGAACGAGGAGAUUAUCGAGUCUCAGUCGAAAUACACUGCCGCCAAACAAUUGCUGUCUGUCUUUAUGGAGUUUCCAAGUGAGCUCCAAUUGCAAAAGGCUUACCAGGCUAUUCCAUACCACAAGCAAUUGAAGAAGGGUAGACGUGUGAUCGGUGUUGCCCCAGAGGAUAUUAUUUGGGCCAAUUUGGAUUUGUCCACUAGCGUUCGUUACAUCAAGCAUUUGGUCGCGAUUAUCGUUUUGUGUGUGCUUAUCAUCUUCUGGGCCAUUCCUGUUGCCGUUGUUGGUUCGAUUUCUAAUAUCAACUACUUGACUGAAAAGGUCCACUUUUUGCGUUUCAUCCUUAAAAUGCCACACAAAUUGUUAGGUAUCAUCACCGGUCUUUUGCCAACGGUUGCGUUAGCCGUUUUGAUGUCGCUUUUGCCUCCAUUUAUCAAGUUUAUGGGUAAGUUUGGUGGGUGCCUCACGGUCCAGGAAGUAGAGAUGUGGUGCCACCAGUGGUACUACGCAUUCCAGGUUGUUCAGGUCUUCCUUGUGACCACUUUGGCAUCUGCUGCCACCUCUGUUGCCGUCAAGAUUGUGGACGAUCCUAGCUCUGCGAUGGAACUUUUAUCCAAUAACUUGCCAAAGUCUUCCAACUUCUACAUUGCGUACGUUAUGUUGCAGGGCUUGUCUGUCUCUUCUGGUGCGUUGUUGCAGUUGGUUGCGUUGAUUUUGUCUCACAUCUUGGGCCGCGUUUUGGAUAAAACCCCGCGGGCCAUGUUCAACAGAGCCUCCAGUUUGGGUUCUCCUGGUUGGGGUACCAUCUAUCCGGUUUACGGGUUGAUCGCUGUGAUCAUGAUGUGUUACGGCAUCAUUUCGCCUAUUAUUUUGGGUUUCGGUGCCAUUGGGUUCUUCCUCUUCUACAUUGCCUAUGUGUACAAUUUGACCUACGUUAUGGGCCACAAUAAGUCGGACUCUAGGGGCCGCCACUACCCGCUUGCCUUGUUCCAAGUUUUCGUGGGCUUGUAUUUGGCCGAGAUCUGUUUGUUGGGAUUGUUCAUUACGUCCAUCUGUGUUCCGGCAAUUGUCUUUGAAGGUAUUUUACUUGGUCUCACUGUCGCUGCCCAUCUUUACUUUAAGUGGAUUUUCCUUCCCCUUUUCGACAUUGUGCCUGUUUCCGCACUCUUGAACAACGGUUCCGCGUACCCAGACUACGAUCAAGGGUUGAAGGAGAUCAAGAACGAGGGUAAAAACUACUUCACCAACGGUGGCAACGCCUUAGGGGUAGGUCACUCCUCCCCUUCUGAGAAGGACGUGGAGUCUCAAGACGGCCUUAACGGCAACCCACCCCCUGUGGUUGGUAGCGAGACUAAUUUGCGUAAUCCAUCUCCGUUUGCUGACGACACUGGCUCUCUCCCAGAAACCGAGCCCCAGGCUCCAUCCGAAAUGACUGCCACCAUGGUUGGCGGUGGUAUUGAGGCCGCCGAAAAGGGCUCCACCACGGCUGCCUUCAGUCGUUUCAUCCAUCCUCGCACCACCUACACCUUUGAGGCUGCUCGUAACAUGUUACCUAUGGUUUUAAACGACUACUUGACGUACAAACCGGAGUUCUUGAAGACCGCUUAUGAGGAUCCAGCAGUCUACAAUGAUGUACCCCACAUUUGGGUUGCCAGAGACCCAUUGGGUUUGUCGGCGACAGAAUGCGCCAAGGCCCAAGCUAAGAACGUUGAUGUGACGGAUAAUGAGACCGUGAUGGAUGCCCAGGGUAAGAUUACCUGGCAAGGCCCACCUCCAGACUACGAGGAAGCCAUCAGAACUUGA